AUGUUUUCGCGCCUAGGAUCUGCAUUCAGACAGAAUGCCAGGGCAUAUUCGACAUCGGCCAAGGCAGAACUCUCGUCUAAUACAAAAAAAGCCAUCAGUAGUGUGGUUGGUGUUACAGGCCUCACAUUAGGAUAUAUUGUGUAUCAGGACUCGCAAACUGGAAAGGCCAUGACUGCAGCUGAGCAUGGUCUGCAGGCUCCAGAGUAUGAGUGGUCACAUAAGGGCAUGUUUGACUCGUUUGACCAUGCAUCCAUCAGAAGAGGUUUCCAAGUUUAUCGUGAAGUGUGUUCAGCAUGCCAUUCGCUCGACAGGAUCUCAUGGAGGAACUUGGUGGGAGUCUCGCACACUGCCAGCGAGGCCAAGGCCAUGGCUGCCGAAUUUGAGUACGAUGAUGAGCCAGAUGACCAAGGAAACCCAAGAAAGAGACCUGGUAAGCUUACCGAUCCGAUUCCCGGCCCAUAUGCAAAUGAGCAGGCUGCCAGAGCUGCUAACGGUGGUGCUCUCCCUCCAGAUCUCUCUUUGAUCAUCAAGGCUAGACACGGAGGUUGCGAUUAUGUCUUUUCUUUGCUUACAGGCUACCCAGAAGAGCCUCCUGCAGGUGUUCAGCUUGCUCCAGGUGCAAACUACAAUCCUUACUUCCCAGGUGGAUCAAUUGCCAUGGCCAGAGUUUUGUUCGAUGAUCUUGUUGAGUAUGAGGACGGUACACCGGCCUCAACUUCCCAGGAGGCCAAGGAUGUUGUUACUUUCUUGAAUUGGUGCUCAGAACCAGAACACGACGAAAGAAAGAAAAUGGGUGUCAAGGCUUUGUUGAUCGUUGGCUCCUUGUACCUCUUGGCUGUCUGGACGAAGAAGUUCAAGUGGACUCCUAUCAAGCACAGAAAGAUCGUCUUCAACCCUCCAAAGCCACCCAAAAGACGCUAA